AAAUUUCAAAGAUCUCAAAUGUCGAUAUUUCAUUCUCUUUUGUUGAUGAUAUGGUUCCACAAAGCUUAAGCUUUACAGUCAACGAUAAAGAAAUAAAGUCAGGAGAGAAAUAUACAUUCACACCAGAGGAUCGAAGUCUAACACUUUCUGUCCUUACCAAUGAUCGUUACACACAUGAAGGUGCUUGCUUGAUGAUUUCGUCAGAUAUAUCAUUCAAUGUUCUAUGUGACCGUACAUUGCCUGGUCCUACAACAUCAAUGGCAUCAUCAUCGCUAGAUCCUGACUCAAGUUCAGGAGUGAGUACAAACAAGUAUAAUGAAAAAACAACAGACGAAGACAACAACCAUAUACUAAGUGUGUAUUAAGAUAAAAAUAACAGAAACGUGAGACUAAUGAAUCAAUAAAGUUAUUAAUUGUAGCACAUAAUUUAUUCUAUAAAAGAUAAAACUUUUUAAUUUAAACUUAAAAUAUGUUAUCUAAGAAUUUCUUCAUUGUUGAUCUUUAUUUUCAUAUGUUCUGUAAUAGAUAAAACCUACAAUUAUAUUUCAUGAACAAAAUAGAAUAAUUGUCAAAAACAGAACAAAAUAAGCUUAGAACAACUUGUUCCUGCAUUGGUUCUGUUGACAUUUUACGACUUAUUAUUGCACUGUAGCCCUGAUUGUGUUACCGGUAUUUGGUGGCAGUGUCAUUGUCAUAUUGGUAAUCAUUUUCGUAAUCGUUAU